UUUGGGAAGGGUCCAGCGCGGGCCGGGGCGGGGCGGCACCGAUGCGCCUGCGCAGAGCGUCCGCCCGGGAGCGCUCUCUUGUUUGGGUAUCGCUGUAGCUUGGGUGGAGUGCAUCUCUCACCCGCAAAACGCGCCCUGCGGGAGCCUGCAGCGUCCACGGUUCCACCUGUUAGGUGCUGCCCUCUGAGAUCAUGUCCAAGUCUCUGAAAAAGUUGGUAGAGGAGAGUCGGGAGAAGAACCAGCCGGAAGUGGACAUGAGUGACCGCGGCAUCUCCAACAUGCUGGAUGUCAACGGCCUGUUCUCCUUAUCCCACAUCACACAACUGGUCCUCAGCCACAACAAGCUAAUAACUGUGCCUGCAAACAUAGCAGAGCUGAAGAAUUUGGAAGUGCUUAACUUCUUUAAUAACCAGAUUGAGGAGCUGCCCACACAGAUUAGCAGCCUUCAGAAACUGAAGCACCUGAACCUCGGCAUGAAUAGACUAAACACUUUGCCUCGAGGAUUUGGCUCUCUCCCGGCUCUUGAGGUCCUUGAUUUGACUUACAACAACUUGAAUGAAAAUUCCCUUCCUGGAAACUUCUUCUACCUGACCACCCUGCGUGCACUCUAUCUAAGUGACAACGAUUUUGAAAUCCUGCCGCCAGAUAUUGGGAAGCUCACAAAGUUGCAGAUACUCAGCCUUAGGGAUAACGACCUGAUCUCGCUGCCUAAGGAAAUCGGGGAGCUUACUCAGCUUAAGGAGCUCCACAUUCAGGGGAACCGCCUGACUGUUCUGCCCCCAGAACUAGGAAACCUGGAUCUGACUGGUCAGAAACAGGUAUUCAAAGCAGAGAACAAUCCUUGGGUUACCCCGAUUGCUGACCAGUUCCAGCUUGGCGUGUCCCACGUUUUUGAAUAUAUCCGUUCAGAGACGUAUAAGUAGAGGACCAGUUGUACCCUGCUCACUGCUUUUAGAGGAGUCUGUGAGCCUCUGCUGGGAGAAAGCACUUGCUGUGAACUCAAGGGCCGGUCUUUGGAGCCCGGAGAGAUCAUCUCUUCUCUCCUGGGGAAGGAGAUUGUUGACCACUUCCUACCACUUCCUGCAUUUCAGCCCUUCUGUUCUUCACCCAUUCUUCCGUAGUUAUCUUCACUCCUUUAUAAAAUGUACCAGCCAAACACGUGACUAGUAACUAAGUAAGACACUAAUCAGAAUCUUAGUCUUUUAAAAAUACUUGUAUAAAAAUGCCAUCGUUAUGUUUCCCUGAUUUUUAAAAUUUAAGGGGUCAUCUUUUAUAUGAAUGUAGUAUGUAUACACCUAUUAAUGUAUAUUAACUACAUUGGUUUUUAAAAUUCAAGUUUUUUUCAAUACAUAAAAAAAGUGUAUUGUCAUGUAACUAAAACCCAACUGAACUUUUUAAUGUUGUUAAGCAGCCACUUCAUAAUUAGAGGAUUUUAGUAUCCUUUUCAACUAUCUGAAAAAAAUAUUAUUUAAUUAUCAGGUACUUGGCUACUUUUAAAAAGUUGUACCUGUAGUGACCUUAAAAAGGCAAUCUAUUCAUUAUACUCAUAAUUUUUUAAAGCAAAGUUCACAUUCAAUACCUUAGUCAUAACUCUAGUCUAAACCUUGUGGUUUCCAAUCUUCACUUCUAUGUCUUUUUAUAAAACCAUAAACACCUCCAUCCAAUAAAAUUUCCUUUUUUUAUUAUGUAGAUCUUCAGAUUAUCAUGAUAGGACAUUUUAAAUUUUGUCUUGGCAUUGGAAAUACUAAUGAAUCUCCUUCCUUUAAAAAACAUAUUUUUUUUUCUGACGAAUUGACCCAUUAGUUAAAUAAAAGCAAUAAAGAACUUA